GAUCUCGGGAACUGUAGUUAGUCCGACCGCCCCGAGACACGUGACCCAGUGACUCGGCAAUUAUCACGUGACACGAAUCAUAUGAGUACUAGGAAGAGGGAGAAGAGUCCGGGGAACAACUAGAAGGAAGUGAUCGGCGGAGGGGAAGAUGCAUCUGUUCCUGUUCUGCUGUGCCCUCCUGGGGGCUCUGAUAGUAGAUGCUGCCCCGGCUGCAGAUGAGAUCACUUACCUACCCGGACUGAAGAAGCAGCCAGCAUUCCGCCAGUUCUCGGGAUACCUGAAUGUACCUGGAGGGAAGCAUCUGCACUACUGGUUUGUAGAGGCCCAGAAGAAUCCUAGCACCAGUCCCGUAGUCCUGUGGCUGAAUGGCGGUCCCGGUUGCAGCUCCCUGGACGGGUUGCUGACAGAACAUGGCCCCUUUAUUAUCCAACCCGAUGGAAUAACUCUGGAAUACAACGACUUCUCCUGGAACAAGAUUGCAAAUGUCUUGUAUCUCGAGGCUCCGGCCGGCGUGGGUUUCUCCUAUGCGGAUGACAAGAACUAUAGGACGAAUGAUACAGAGGUUGCCCACAAUAACUAUCUGGCCGUGAAGGAAUUUUACAGACUCUUCCCUGAAUAUAGUAAAAACAAUCUGUACAUCACGGGCGAGAGCUACGGAGGAGUCUAUGUCCCAUCCCUGGCCGUGGAGGUGUCUCAGGACCCCAGUAUAAAUCUUAAAGGAAUUGCUGUUGGCAACGGACUGAGUAGCUAUGAGAUUAAUGACAAUUCCCUGGUGUUCUUCGCUUAUUACCACGGAAUCCUGAGCAGUCACCUGUGGACAGAUCUGCAGAAGUUCUGCUGCAAAGAAGGAACUUGUCAGUUCCACAACAGCCCUGACGCAGAGUGCUCCCUGCGGGUACAAGAGGCCAUGCAUGAUAUAUACAGCACUGGACUGAACAUCUAUAACCUGUAUGAGAACUGUGCAGGGGGGGCCCCGGGAGAGAUCAGGGAUAAAGGAGAUCACAUAGCUGUCUAUUUCCCUGGGUACAUUUCACCAAAAAUGCAUGUACACUUUGAGAAAAAGCUGCUUCUUGUGUCCGGCAUGAAUAAGCCUGUCAGAUUGGACCCACCGUGUGUGAACAGUACGGCUUCCAGCACCUUCCUCAAUAACCCCUUUGUAAGGAAGGCCCUGCAUGUUUCUGAUGAGGUCAACAAGUGGGAAGUGUGCAGUUUUGAUGUCUAUCGGAGCUAUGGACGCGUAUAUGAGAACAUGAAGGACCAUUACUUAAAGCUGCUCAGCACUCUGAAAUAUCAUAUUCUGGUGUACAACGGGGAUGUGGACAUGGCCUGCAACUUCCUGGGAGACGAGUGGUUUGUGGAUUCUCUGCAGCAGAAGCUGCAGGUACAGCGCCGGCCAUGGCUUUAUGCCGAUGGAGACCAGCAACAGAUCGGAGGAUUCGUGAAGGAAUUUUCCAACUUGACUUUCUUAACUUUCAAGGGAGCCGGUCACAUGGUACCUACAGACAAGCCGGGCUCGGCCUUUAUCGUGUUCAGCCGCUUUAUUAACAAUGAGCCUUUCUAAAGCCCCCUAUCAUUGCUGCACAAUAUUUUGGGGGGGGGGGGGGGGGCUACAGGUUACAGUCUUGAAGAUCCCGGAGUACUUACUCUAUAGUCU